CCCAAGCUUCCAACCACUCACUUUCAAGUUGUUAGCGCGUAAAGCGUCCGCGAGCCAACACCCAGCCAGCCUGAUCCCGCUUGGAUUUCACAUACUCACCCAGAUGGCCCCGAAUAGGUCCAAGGCACGCACUCAACAACCUCAGCCGCCACCCGAUCUCUCAAGCUACACGAUAGACGUGCCAGCCGACAUGAACGCAACCGGCGUCACCCCACGCUCCAACGAGGAACUCAACUUGUCUGUUAUCCGUCGACACUACCCCGAAGUAACAGCCGUACACUACGUCGUAUCAUAUGCCGCACUCUAUGUAUAUGCCUUAGAUCCGCCGGGAUGGGAACGGACUGGUACUGAAGGAAGUCUGUUCGUGUGCCAACUGGCCCCUUCACCCCAGGGUGUCGAACGUUUCUCUGUCAUAAUGCUCAAUCGCAAAGGCCUAGAGAAUUUCACAAUGGAGAUCAAGAGUCCCGAUGGCAUUGAAUUUGGCGAAUUUGUCAUGAUGCAAAGCGACCAGAAUCAAGUCUACGGCUUGUGGAUCAUGAACGACCCGCCCCCCAGCAGUACAGCGAAUGCGCGCGCUGAACUUCAAGACAGACUCCAGGAACUUGCAGAGCGCGCUCAGAAGAGCAGAGAAGCUGCCGAGCAAAUGCAAGGGAAUAGACCUUCUUCCUAUGAACAGAUGGAAAAUUCAAUACCAAUGGGCCGACAAUUGUCUCUAAGGGAGCUCUUCGGACAGCCACGACAGGAUGCAUCAUCAUAUAACAGCGAUGCGCAUACAGCCGCUCAAGUGGCUUCUCACAACCACCUACCCAUGUUACCGCAUACACAACCGAACGUACAGACAGAUGUAUUAAGUCAACUGUUUAUGAAAGCGAAACAGGAUUACAACGGGUUGGGUUGA